CUCUAUAUUUUAAUAUUUCCCAUAAUUUAAUAUUAGAUUUGGUUAGAACUUUGAAUUGUGUUAUUUUUUGUAUUUCCUUUUUUAGCUCCUUUAAUAAAUCUGUAUUUUUUAGGCAUUGAGUGUUUAGUUUCCAGAAGCCUCUGCUAGCUGAGGUCCCAGAAGCCUCCUCCUUUACUGCACUCCAUCCAUCUUCGUGCGUUUGGAAUGAAAGGGGUUAAAUCACGUGUGUAGGUUUUGGGAGCUCAUAAGAAGUGUCGCUAGGAGGACAGAGACGUCAUUGCGCUACACAGCGUCCCGUUCCGCUCACACCGGUACUCUUGCGUCCUGCUCCCGUGAGAGAACACGAUGCGGACUGUGUCCGUCCUGGUUUGCGGCAUCUUGCCUUUGCACCUUUUCCUCUGUGUUCAUUCUCUGCCGGUCCGCGACCGGCCCGCCAGCAGGUCCAAGCAGCCACAGGUAUGGCCUCACAGCAACAGUCACGAUCUGAAGAAGAGGGGGAAACACCAACAGGACACGCUAAACAAAGGGUACCAUCUACAGUCUGUACUGGCAUCCAAAAAUGACACCGAGUUCUGGAAGCGUCCUCGCUGUGGAGUCCCAGACUAUCCCACUUUAACGCAGGUUGGCCUGUCGUACUAUAACCUGAAGGAGAAGAAGGGAGGUCUAAGUACACACCAGCGCAGGAAGCGAUUUGCUCUGUUUGGAGGGCGCUGGGAGAAGACGGACCUCACUUACAAGAUUGUACGUUUCCCCUGGCAGAUGAGUGAGGGCAAAGUGCGGCACGUCCUCCAGGAGGCAUUUGGAGUGUGGAGUGCAGUGACUCCUUUGACGUUCAGAGAAGUCACCACUGAGAAAGCUGACAUCAUUAUUGACUUCAACAGGUACUGGCAUGGCGACAGCUUACCGUUUGAUGGUCCUGGAGGAAUCCUCGCCCACGCCUUUUUCCCCAGGACAAACCAAGAGGGCGAAGUACACUUUGACUAUGAUGAGAAUUGGACAGUGGGCAGCAUUGUGGGCACUGAUCUCGCACAAGUGGCAACUCAUGAGUUUGGCCAUGUCCUUGGCCUGCAGCACUCCCUGGAGCCUGAUGCUGUGAUGUGUCCUUUCUACAGUGACUCCUACCCUCUGCAGCUCAGCGAGGAUGACAAGAGGGGCAUCCAGUAUCUAUAUGGCCCCCCUCUGCACGCACAGCCUGAGAUGACGGAGACCAAUGAGAUUGACAUUGGAAUGCUGGACGCCUGCAGAACAAACUUUGAUGCUGUAUCCAUGAUCAGGGGAGAGCUGUUCUUCUUUAAGUCUCGGUAUGUUUGGCGUAUCCGUGAUGGGCAGCUACAAGCUGGCUAUCCAGCCUUGGCUUCACGCCACUGGAGAGGCAUUCCUGACUACAUCGAUGCUGCGUAUGAAGACAAGUCUGGCAACAUCUGGUUCUUCCAAGGUGACAGCUACUGGGUGUUUGAUGCUGAAAGGAAGAUUACAGGACCAGAUUCAGUGCGGCAGUUGGGUCUUCCUGUUACAGAUAUCCAAGCAGCUUUGAAGUGGGAAGAGGACCGCGUCGAGAAAGUCUACAUCUUCAAGUUGGCUUCCUACUGGCCCUUCAAUCCUCAAGUGAAUCGAGUAGAUGAUGUUCAUCCUCGCAGCAUGCACAAGUGGGGAGGAGUGCCCGGCCAUAUUGAUGCAGCCUUUCGGGACCUAUAUGGCUACGCCAAUUUCCUGAGUGGACUUCACUAUUGGAAGUUUGACCCUGUGGCGUUGAAGGUGCUAGAAGGCUACCCCCGCAGCAUCGGCAUGGAUUUCUUUGGCUGUUCUGCCUUUCUGUCUAAAUAAGUUCAUACAUAUGCAUCUACUAAACUUGUGAAUAUCAGUGGAUGGAUUUUUCAUCUUAAUUCCCCAAACAGAACAUUCUAGCUAUUUUGGAAAUGUAAGGUUGAUGUAUUUCAGUAAGACAAAUCAAAACUCAUAUAAAUACAUGACAUUUUUGCCAAAGUCACUGCUAGCUGCACCACAUUGUGUUAACAAUGAAUUUGCAUAUGAAAAUACUUGGGUUUACGCUUUACAGUAAGAGAACAUGUUGAGUAGUUCCCAGGGAACAAAUGAGGAACUCAAGAGGAACUACUAAUUAAGCAUUAGUUAAUGAAUAGCACCUAAUGAAAUUGUAUAUCGUAUCAAAUAAUAAGUAAAUAAUUAAUUAAUUGACAAAUGAGUGAGGAACAUAUCGGGAAUGACUCGAUAAUAGAUGAAGCAUUAAUAAGGAUCUAGUAUUUCCUAAUGGAGGACUAUAUUGUAGUAUGUUUUUCCCGUUAAAGUUUUUUUUUGGGGAGUUUUUUUCUUUUCCGAUGUGAAUGUCCGAGGACAGAGGAUGUCGUACGCUGGACAGAUCGUAAAGCUCUCUGAGGCUGAUUUGUGAUAUUGGAUACACUGCUAUCUUCACAUGUGGUGUUGUCCUAUAAUUCAUGUUUGCUACAUGUACUGUAUGUUUACUGGGCCUCUAACAGGGCUUUAUGGCCGCUGUAUGCCUUUAUAGGUUUUUUGUAUUGGAUUAAAUCCAAGGUGGUAGAAACUAGAAAAAGACUUGCACUUCCAUGUCGCCCUCCAGCCAGGAAACCACCCUACUGUGAGGAGAGCAGUCGGCACAGCUCCAGGAGACGAACACCGAGUCAAGUGCCACAGUAACUCAGAGUCAGCCAGGAAAAACCCCAGCGCAGGGACUCCCAGCGGGCUGGUGGAGCGCUUGGUUUAACCUUUGUAACAGCAGCAACAGAAAGUCUGCCGAUCUGGCGGGGACCAGACUCCCGGUGCUAGGUUUUGCACUGGCUGAAUUCGAGCUCCCCCCCGGCCAAUCGGUCUCCUGGCGGCAGGGAGGAUGAAUCGAGGGUGUGAGUAGUUUUCUCAUUUCUGCCACUUUGUAUUUAUUGCAAUAAACAAACUAUCAAAACGCACAUGGACCACGGAUGUAUUGUGGACAGGGCAGCUGUACUUCUUCAUGGACUGAGAGCUGACUGGACACUGCAGUGAAUCACUAUUGCCUCUCCAGAUACAAAUGGUAUUACAGAAGAAAGUACAGUCAGGACCUUGCUGCUUGCCAGUAGAUUUCCCUUCAGCACAAUACAUUGUCGUAUUUGGCAUAACGUCAACUGUUUUCCCUUUACAUUCUUUUGAUAAUGUUCAUAUUUAAAAAUGUUUUAAACAAAGUUUUUGGACAGAUAUUACAUCUUGCACCUUUAAGGUAUGAUUAGUUAAUACAUAUAUGUGAAUUCAUUAUACUGAUCACUUUCUUCAUGAGUCUUUCCUGAGACUCUAUACCAGCCCAAAGCUAACGACGCCAUUAGUUACUG